AACACAAUCGCGUCUGCCUCAUCAGCCACGAGACAUGCGUCUUCCCGUGCUGUGUCUCUUGUUUUGCAUUGGCCUUGCGCUCGCCCAGCACAAUCAGUACCCCGUGACCACGCCGGUGCCCAUUUUGAAGCAGAUAAAUAAACACAAUGAGGACGGUAGCUACAGUUACGGAUACGAGGCAGCUGACGGUUCUUACAAGAUCGAAUCGAAGUAUCCUACCGGGGAAGUGUAUGGAAAAUACGGAUUCGUGGACGAUACUGGAAGUGUUCGAGAAGUCGAAUAUGGAGCGUCGAGACGCGGAUUCGAGCCAGCUGGUCCUGGAAUAAACGUGGCUCCGCCAACCUUGACUGGUAACAGUAUCGCGAAUCCCAACGAACCCGAGGACGAUGGCCAAUACAAAGAGGACCCUUCUGUUUACUACACGGACCCACGGUACACCAAUGGAGAACGAUAUGAACCUGUUCCUCGGCAGCCUUUGGUACACAACCAACCGCGACCAAUUCCGGCACCGAUCUAUAAUCCGCCCAGGUAUCCCACGCAAGUGCAGUACCAGCCUAAGCCGCAGUAUCAGCCAGAGUAUCGACCGCAGUACCGAUCGCAGUAUCAACCGCAAUAUCAGGGCCAGCAACAGAGACCCGCGUACCCUGCCGCGCCGAUCCAAAGCGGAAUUCAAGGUCGUCCGGCGCCCAACGCCGAUCCCAAUGCCGGGUUAGCCUCUUACACGGUUAAUUACAGACGAUAGGGAUCCUUCGAUCACGUUAACAUGUGUAAAUAUUGCGUUAUUUAUACCCAUUUCCGGGACACGUUGCAGAGCUCAUAGUUAGGGCCAGUCUUUUUGUCUUUGCUCGAUCUAUGGAUCGUUCAUUAUGCGUACAUUCAUCUGUAAGAUCCAAUUUCUC